AUGGCCAAAUACUUAGCCACGGUUUCAUUCGACCAAUAUGACGUCACGUUCAACAGUCGGUUUGAACAAAACGUCCACGUCCCAAAAAAUGUAGCGGCAAUAAUUUCCUCGGUCGAGAAAAUAGCCACUGCGAAGAAUCUCGACGACUAUGACUCGGAAGAGGAUGGCAAGGACGCGGAGUACGACAAUCCGCCAUCGCCCAAGACCAAACCCGGAGGUAGUUGCUGUACAAACAAAUGCCUGUUGAUGUUUGACGACGAGUUUAAGACACGUUUUAAGACCGAAAUGUCACUGCUGCAAAAAUUUGAAAAGGACAUUUAUCUGUUCGCGAUGAUCUCCAUCAACAGAAACAAGAUAAACGCCACUAAAAUUGUCAAGUCUUCAAAAUGUUUCCAAUAUGCAUUUAAGCAUAACGGAGUGAAUCAAUCUGUGUGCAAAAGCGCAUUUGUCAUCCUGCACGACACAACUCCAACGGUGGUACGAACAUUGUGCAUGAAGAUGAAAUUAGGUCAUAAUACACCUGUUGAUGGCCGUGGUAAACAUAGUAAUCGAUUGACUAUAUCUGACCAAACACAAGUUGCGAUAAAAGAGCAUUUAUUUAGCAUCUUGAGGUCUCCUAAUAUGAUUUCCAAAUGUGCCAAGAAAAAUCUAGGCCAACCCAAUAUUUCUAAGUUGUGGAUUAGUUUUAAACAGGAACACGGUCAUAUAGUCCGUUCAACAUACACAAGAUAUAUUCAAACAUUAUUAACACCAAACGUUGUAUCAAGCUUUAUGUGUGCGAACCAAGCAAAACAAAUUACACAAUACAUAAAUAAAAAUAAAUAA